GGAAGAGCGCUCGAGACGCUACACUGUUUCACCAAGACCGCGACCACACACACGCAUGCACGCACGCACGCGCACUCCUACUGUCUACAGUCAGUUCACUUGUGUGUUUGUGUGACUGUAUGUAAUUCCGUCACCCUGACGCGUUGACGAGUCACGCUGUAAGCCUUGCACUUUCAAAUUAGGAACUGAAUCAGUACAUGUAAACAAUAACAAAGCAGAGACUAACGUUCUACUCAUAGAUUCUGGACGUACCGGUGAAAGUACACGCGCACCGCCGGUCUAAAAAACACUGGGAGGUGUCUGUCAUCACACACUGUAAUCGUCUUUUCUUUUUGAACAACACUAACAAUUCGCAAACCAAAUCAACUUGUGGUUCCUUUAAAAUCGUGUGUGGACAUCCCUCCAUGAACAGGGAGGUACAGAGGAACACAGCGAUCAGUUUAACCAGGUGAAAAAAUGGAAGUUGCUGUUCCAGAAGAGCCUCAGAAGAAGAUUUUCCGUGCUCGAAAAACCAUGAAGAUGAGCGACCGUCAGCAGCUGGAGGUGCUUCACAGCACCUUGGUGACCACAAACCCUAACUCCUCUUCCUCACGGCCUCAGACGCCGCUGGUAAAUGGAACACAUGGAGAGGAUGGACAGAAGGGGAAGGAGAAGGACAAGGAGCCUGGGGCAAAGUCUCCUGCCUCACCUUUGUCACGUUCUUCUCCUGUACCAUCGCGCUCCAUCUCGCGUUCGCGAUCACCCUCUCCAACUGUCAGUGAAAAUCGAAACCCCUCCCCUUCACCUUCUCUGAAGAAAGGUUUGGAGAAGGGCAAAGGUGAAGAGAAAAAAGGAGAGAAAGAUAAGAAGGAUGAUAAGAAGGCAGAAGAAGCCAAAGCUGACAAGAUAGAAAUCACGAAGUCUGCACCUACCGGUUCUCCAGUGUCUGACAAGAAGACGGAGCAGAAAAAGACUUCCACAGACCAAGCGUUGAAUGGCGAGCUGCCCAUGGAUACAGACAGCACUUCCCUUGACAACGGUUCAGCGGAGGAGAAAAGCAGUAAGAGCAUCUCCUCCUCGUCUCCUUCCGGCUCUCCGGCCGCCAGCCUGGAGUGUGACCCGGAAGUGAAAGAGGGCUUUCUCUGCCUCAGUGAGGAAGAUGAGGGUCAGGGAGAGCAAGAUGAGGCGAAAGACAGAAACGAGGAGAAGAUGGAUGUGGAUCCUGAGAAAGAGGAGAAGAAAGAGGGAGAGAAAGGGUGUAAUGUGGCAGAAGGCACAGGCUCCAGCAGUACUCCUGGUAAAAAGAGAUCCUUAUCACCAGUUGAUGGGAAAGAUGGAUGGGAUGAUGGUGAGCUCAAGGAGGAGAGAGAUGGAAAGAGAGCAAGGGUGGAGGGAGUGCAGUUGGAGGCUCAACUGGAGCUGAAGAUCACAGCCGAGGCAGGGAGCCGGCUGAAACUGGAAAAGGUGGUGCAGCAGUUGGUGGAGGAGCGCUUGCGUGUGCUGCAGCUGACCGUAUUCGACCACAGUGUACAAGAGCUGAGGGACAGAAUGGAGAAGAUUGAUGCUGCUACUAAGCAGCAGAAAACUGUCCAACACACCCUGCAGAGUAAGAUUGCACGACUUACCAAGAAGUUUGGAGCUGCUAACCAGGUAUCUGAGAAUUCCAAGAAAGUUCAAGAGGUUGCUGUUGCCACUGCUGCUAAACCUACUCUCACACCCACGACUACGCCAACAACUCAACGCACCGUAAGGGCCAUGCUGGACACAAAGCUGUCCAGUCCUUCUGCAGUAUCAUCCAGUUCUAGUGCUACCCCAACUCAGCCCAAACCUCACUCCACUCCAAGUACACCGACCUCCUCAGCAUUGGCCGCCCCUGCACCCAUCCUCCAGCUCAUAACCACAACAACAAACUCUACACCCUCUUCCACCAGCUCCUCUCUGAGUGGCCAGGCCCAGCCAGGCACUCUACUGCUGCAGCCCCGCCCAAACACAGGUGCCAUGACGACUAGCACGGCCACAUCAGCUGGCCAACCGAUGUCCAUCCAGCCUUUGCUAAUCCAGCUGCCACUAGCUGUGGCUAAUGGCCAGGCCGGGACCAUAGCUGGAGGAGUUGGCCUGAUUCCUGUGUCCUCCUUGGCCACGGUUAACAGCCUUAGCAAGGCCAAGACCACAACAGCCACCACUUUUAUUUUGCAGAAGACAGCAGGAAGCGUUGCAACCUCCUCCUCGUCUGUUCCCUCUUCAUUGGCCGCCUCUGCAUCUUCGGCAGUGACUCAGAUGCCACCAAGUAGGCCAGUGUACCAGGGUGGCACAGGCACCGCGAGCUCACCUAAUGCUGGUAUCUCUGUGACAACAGCCCGUGCCCCAACACAGUGUGCCACCGUGGUUGGAAUGGCUACUGCUUCAUCGUCCCCGGCAACCACAGGCCCUGCUGCAACAGGCUCAGCAGCAGCUGCGGCUGGUCCACCAUCAGCCUCUGAAAUGGCAUCCAAAACAGAUAAUCAAGCCACCCACUCUGCUCCAGCCAAAUCUCCUGCUCAGCCUGCUCGUCCCAAGGGUUCAGUCAUUGACCUAACUGAGGAUGAUGAUGAUGUCCAAGUUACUGGUGUGCAGAAGGCUACUGCUCCUGCUGUUCCUACCAAUACACAGCGCGCUCCAGGGCCUCCCCCAGCAUUAGUGAGCUCCACCUCUGUUGCAGGUCGUGCUUCAGCGCAGCAUCGACCCUCAGUGGACUCACCCUCUAAAUCGCGCACAAGCUCUUCAUCCUUGGCUUCUCUUCCUCCGUUGCCAUUAGCCCCGGCCCCACCAACUCGUCUGCCCCCAGAGGCAGCGCACACAUCUCCUCCUCAACAGCCUCAACUGAAGCUCGCGCGUGUGCAGAGUCAGAACGGCAUUGUGCUGUCAUGGUGCGUGUCUGAGACGGAGCGAAACUGUGCGCCGGUGGACAGCUACCACCUCUAUGCCUACCACCAGGACCAGCAGAAUGCAUCAUCGGGCUCAUCCACACAGUCACCUACACACUCGCUGUGGAAGAAGAUUGGUGAAGUGAAGGCACUGCCACUGCCCAUGGCCUGCACACUCACCCAGUUCGUGUCCGGUUCUACGUAUUACUUUGCUGUCAGGGCCAAAGAUGUGUACGGCCGCUUUGGGCCGUUCUGCGAGCCCCAGUGUACCGAUGUCAUCAACCCACAGUCCUAAGUUUAUGUACUGAAUUGUGUUCGUUAGCGAAGGAAAAAUGUGGUGUAGUCGGCAGAAAUAUCCAAACUGUGGGAGAGACUGAACUGCUAAUGAUGCAUCAAACUACUUAUUGAGUUAGGAAAAUCCCCAAAAUUGGAUAGGAUGUUUAAAAUAGGCACACAUGCCCUACAGAAACACAGACUUGCACACUAGUCAGUAAUUUGACGCUAUUUUAAGGAAAAUGGGGGAAAUGGCACUGGUCUGAACUGUGCUGCAAACGGUAUUUUCCAUGUGUAGAAUGACUCUGUACAGUUAAGUGUUGAACCAAUAGGUCAGAUAUUUAUACGUUGUGUUUGGUCUGUUCCAAAUUUUUCAGUUCUCUGUUCUUUUUCUGUUCCUUUUUUUUUUUUUGAAAAUGUUUUUUUUUAAUAAAAUGACUUUCAAUCCAUUGCACAUAUGCUCCAUAAAACAGCAUGGUAUCAAGCUACAUGAAAAGACAAUGGUGGCAUUAUUGUUUUGUAAUGUUCUGUCUGGUAACCAGACGCCCAAAGAACAACCUUCAAAUAAAGGUGUUUAAAAUGGAAAAA